UUCUGGGGGGAGACGCGGAGCCCCUGGGCAGCGGCCGGGAGAGGGCCGGGAAGAGGCGAGGUGGUCGCGCCCGGCUUCCUCCGGUGCCGCGGCCGCUUCCGGGCCCGCAUCAUGGGGGAGUGAGGAGCAGCGCCGGCCGCCCGUGCCCGCCCGCCCGGCCCGAGCCCGCCCGGCCCCGGCCCCUGCCCGCCUCCCCUCGGCACAGUCUCUGCGAAGCGGCGCCAGCCUCCCCGGGGAGCGGCCGGCCGAGGCGCCGGGUUCAUGUUCCGGGUGGCUGAACCUACCCCGACCCGAGCUCAGGCGGCGAGGAAGAGCUGGCAUUUCAGUAGGACUAUGGAGGAGCUGGUUCAUGAUCUGGUCUCAGCACUGGAAGAAAGUUCAGAACAAGCCAGAGGAGGUUUUGCUGAUACUGGAGAUCAUUCUAGAAGUGUGUCUUGUCUUCUAAAGCGACAGGCAAGGAAAAGGAGGGGACGAAAAAGGCGUUCAUUUACCACCCAUCAUCCCUGGGAGACUGGUCACUGCUUAAGUGAAGGUUCUGAUUCCAGUUUAGAGGAGUCAAACAAAGACUACCGGGAGAAUCAUGCUAAUAAGAAAGACCACAGUGACUCUGAUGACCAGCUGUUGGUUGCUAAACGUAGGCCUUCCUCAAACUUAAAUAACAUUAGAGGCAAAAGACCUCUGUGGCACGAACCAGAUUUGGCUGUUGACAGUUUGGGAAACAGAACUUUGCGCCGGAGAAGGAAGGUAAAACGGAUGGCAAUAGAUCUGCCGUCAGAAGUUUCUAAUGCACUGACAAUAACUCAGCAGCAGGAUAACAGCAGAGAUCAAGAAAUGGACAAUAACAAUAAAUCAUACCAGCACCAAGAGUUUUCCAAGAGCAAAGUGAAAAAGAGAAAAGUAUCUGCAGCUCGACAAGGACCAGAAAUCUUGGAUGAAGGAGUUGUUAUAGAAAAUGAAGAAGUGAACCAAGCAAAUAAGGACAAAAUGGAAUAUGAGGAGCAAAAAGGCUCGGAUGAGAAUAUGAGUGACAGUGAAUCCAGCAGUCUGAGCAGCAGUGAUGCUGGUUUGUUUACCAAUGAUGAGGGAAGACAAGGUGAUGAUGAGCAAAGUGAUUGGUUUCAUGAAAAUGAGCCUGGUGGAGCAUGUGGAAUUACAGGAGUCAUUCCAUGGUGGGAACAAGAAGAUUCCACAGAACUGGAAAGAGAAUUGCCUGAUCCAGUCUUUGAAAGUAUCUUAACUGGUACUUUCCCUCUUAUGUCACGUUCAGGGAGGAGAGGUUUCCAGAGCAGAUGUAGUCAUCUUCACGGAAUGCCAGCAAGAAACAUAAAAAAGGCUUCAGGAAACCAGAACACCCUGAUAACUCCAGGACCAGGCAGUAGCAGGAAAACGGUUCACUUGGCCCAGGAUUCUCUUCACCAUGAUCACUGGUUUAGCCCUGGGGCUAGGAAGGAACAUAGCCAGCUUCAACUCUUGCGAGACAACCGAUCGGAGAGAGGACACAAGAAGAACAGCUCUGUGAAAACAGCUAGCAGGCAAACCAGUGUACAUUUGGGGUCAUUGUGCAUGGGAGACAUCAAGCGGAGAAGGAAAGCUGCUCCCCUGCCAGGACCCACAGGGUUUGUAGGAGAAAACACCCAACCAAUCCCAGAAAACAACAUUGGGAACAGAAUGCUUCAGAGUAUGGGCUGGACCCCAGGCACGGGCCUUGGACCAGACGGCAAAGGGAUAGCAGAGCCCAUACGAGCCAUCCAGAGACCAAAAGGACUCGGACUUGGAUUCAGCUGACAGAAAUGCACUCUGGCUGCCCAAGAAAAAUAAAGCUCCAAAUUAUUUUAAAAAUACAAAAAAAAAAAAAAGAAAGAAAAA